AUGACGGUGGAAGCCACACUGGCCUUCCCGCAGGAGACCCUGUUCCAGAUGGUUGUUCAGGCGCCUGAGAGGCAUGCGAGCGAAAAUGUUUUAAGUAGUGUUCGGCCGGGAAAUGCCUCGGUGAUUGUCGCAGAUGUGGCAGUUCCCUUUCCGCCUGUAGAUGUAGAAGAUUGUAACGGCCUUGAAAUCCUGCGGGACUUCUCCUUGCCAGAUGACGACACGAUGAUCGAUCCACCCGUCGGCACCCGGGGUCGUCUUUGUCACAAGCAGGUCCCGCUAGUCUCGCCUCCGGACGUGGACAUAGUCCACAAGGUGCCACUGACGCUACCGAGGGUGCAUCCGAGUGGCCUUUAG